UUGAUAUUGCAACAAUAAUGUGCUCAAAAUUGUGAAUUGCUCUCGGGUGUUUUUAUUUAUUUUGAACAGGAAAUCCUUGCAAAGUAUGGCGUAAAUCUAAUAAUCUACGUAUUUUUGUUCAAUUCGAAGUGUAUUUUCGUUCGUUGCGAGUCCUGUGUGUUCAAAAUGUCGCGAUCAAGCUCCGUGGAGGAUUUACCUGAACAAUGUAAAGACUUGUUCACGCAAGAUGGGGUCCUUCUCAAAGCGUGCCUUGGUAGACCGGUCACAGACCUCAACUCCAUCGGUAUGCUCUGCAUCGUGCAGAACCAGGACAACAGCAAAACCAUCGAGUGGAGACCAAACGACCUGAUCACCAUCGAUUCCGACACACAAGACCAAGAAUGGGCGGUCGUCAAUACUAUUGGUAUUACCAUGUCUUUUGCUAAAGGUCGUCGUCAACGGACAUUAAGCGGGAACAUAACAUCGGACUACGCAACCGCCAGGGCUCGCAUCAUCAAAAUACCCAUCGAGGAACUAAAAACCUUCAGGGUUACGAGGAACAACCAGCAAAUGCAGUUCUCCACGAAGCCAGGAGUGUGGCAAACCACUUUUUACUUCCAACACGGCAAUGCGGAAAUCUUUGUCGCGUAUCUAAAGAACCAUGUGAAAACGGCGAAGACACGCCAUGACAGAAACACAUACGUCGUUGUUGAACCGAAUAUAGAGUCCCAAGUACUGAAUAAGUCCUUCGCUGAACUGGAUAUAUUCACGGAGAAUACAACUGAUGUUGUGUGGAAUUUGGUCUCUAACUUCAAGCAGAGGCCUUACGAGACCACUAUGGAGGCAUUCUCCAAACUCACUGACAUUGUGUACUACGGCAACGAAGGCGUGAACGGCAAGAGGGAUGUAUCAGAAGAAGUGGUAGACUUGUUGACGAAAAGUAUGAAUGCUAUGGAGGAGGCUACGACCGUGACCAAGAGUGACGAGUACGAGGUUAUCAGCGUCAAACCUACGCUACCGCCCCGGCCUUCUAUACCUAGAGGAACACCACUGUCCCCGGAAAAGUGGUGGGCGUUACAAGAUACAGAAGGCAGGAUCACGGAGGUGGAAGGAGUGAAACAACUUAUAUUUAGAGGAGGUGUAGCCCACUCAAUAAGGCAGUGUGUAUGGAAAUACCUCCUAGAUUACCACCCAUGGCACAUGUCGAAUGCAGAAUUAAAAGCAUUGACGAAGAAGAAAACAGAAGAGUACUUCUCAAUGAAACUGCAAUGGAGAUCUAUGACUGAGGGGCAAGAAGCCAGGUUUUCAGAAUACAGAGACAGAAAAAGCUUAGUGGAAAAAGACGUAAACCGGACUGACAGAACACAUCCAUUCUUCGCUGGAGACAACAAUCCUAACCUGGUCAUCUUGCAGGACAUCCUGCUUACCUACGUGAUGUAUAACUUUGACCUCGGGUAUGUGCAAGGCAUGUCCGAUAUAUUAGCACCUUUGUUGUUGCUGCUCGGCAACGAAGUGGAUAGUUUCUGGUGUUUUGUGGGAUUCAUGGAUAAAAUUGCUUCAAACUUCGACAUGGACCAGGCGGGCAUGAAGCACCAACUCCUACAAUUGCAACAACUGUUGACAUUCGCGAGCCCCGAGCUCGCCAACCACUUAGCGCAGAAAGAUUCUGGAAACAUGUACUUCUGUUUCCGAUGGCUCCUCGUAUGGUUUAAACGAGAAUUUUCACAUCGAGAUAUCAUGAGGCUAUGGGAAGUAUUAUGGACGUCGUUGCCAUGCGCAAACUUCCAUUUGUUGAUAUGUGUUGCCAUACUGGACGCCGAGAAAGAUAUUCUAAUCAGUAAAGAUUAUGGCUUUACUGAGAUAUUGAAGCACGUAAACGACCUAUCAAUGUGUUUGGACGUCGACAAAAUAUUGAGCACUGCUGAAGGAAUAUACCACCAAGUAGUGUCAGCGCCACAUCUAACAGACCAGAUCCGGAUCAUCCUCGGUCUGCCGACCAUGAGCAACUCCACAUCCACGCACUCUGGGUCUGACGCACCCACGACAUCGAAGAGUGAAACAAAUGGUACGAAAGAGGACCAAGGGACAGGCAUGUUCGGUCAGGAGAUGGACGAAGAUACACUCGAAUAUAACGGAUUACAAAUAUGUAUUGUAACGAAAACUGUUUGGGCGUUGCUCGCGUAGUGACAGAAUGUACAUAUUACAUUGUCGGUAAACAGACUGGAUACAGAGUGAUAUUUUUUAUAUUUUUAUAAAUACACGCUUUAUACACGUAAGUUUUGACUCCUGUUCGAUUUUGACCUAUUAUGACUACAUUGCUUUCAUCAAAAGACAGAGAAAUAGAAAGGAAACUGUAACUUUGUGAUUAUUUUUUUGUUUAUACCAAAAUUAUUAUCGGACAAAUUGUGUUUGGAGUAACACUAUUGAGACUAUAGUAGUUCACUCUUAGGAAUAAUGUUUUUUUAGCUCAUUUGCGAAGCGUCUACUCAUUCUAGAUUAUUUUAAAAUACUCCUAUGAAAAGUAUUAACCCACCAAAAUGAUUGUACAUAAAUUGGAUACAUGUGCCAUUGUUCCUGGUAUUAUUAGUAUGUUCCUACAUUGUGUAAAUAGUAAAUAAUAAUGUGAUUGUAGAUUAGACAAGUAAUUGGAGAAGUAGAUUUGACUGAGACACAUAGAAAUGUGUGUUGGACUCGCUUGCAUUGGGAAUUUUAAAGUUGAUACACAUGAAAAAUCAUUUUAUUAGGUAUAUUGUGUUCAGCAUAAUCUCAGAAGACAUGUAGUUAUUGUUAUUUGUAUAAAAAAAAGCUUUAAAAAGACGUUGACUUAUUGCAAAGUAAUAGAAAGUCAAUUAAAAUGUUUUAGAGCUUGUCUAAGUUAACACUUGAAAUGGUCCGCCUCUCUCGCUCUCUCUGCACAUUUUGUAUUUGUUUAAAAGGCUGGCAACACACCUGUGAGUCGCCUGGUGUUGCAGGUGUCCAUGGGUAGUGCCGAUCGCUUACCAUCAGGUGAUCAGACUACUAGAUUGCCCCUAGUCCAUAAAAAAAUCAUACAUUUGCUAAAGAACUAUACACCAAAAUGAAUCUUCGUAGUGUGGUGCAUCAUUUUAAGUUAGACAAGCUCUUCCUAACUAGAUAUUGCUUGCUCAAACAUCAGCAAAUUUUAAUGCCUUAUGCUCGGUGCUUUCACUUGAAUGGGAGUCAAAAUUACGAAUAUUGCUGUCGAUCUAUGACAAUCUUCUAUCCUACCUAUACAAUAAUUAUUAUAAAAAUUAGUGACUAAUUUUGUUAUAAAACAAAUUGUAUUGUAAGUUAAAUGUAAUUGCUAAGUUCGCCAUUUUGUUUCUUUACUAUAAUAUCAAUUGUUUCGAAUAUAAUUAAACAAUGUUUGUGAUUAAAAUUAUAUUCAUUAAAUAUAUUAUAAUAUUUUUUAUUAAAGUUUCUGUAUGAUGUACCUGCACAAUUAAAGGUUUGUUAUUUGAUAUCCGAAAUAAAAUAUGAAUCUAGUGUA